CACCACUCGACACUGGGGUGCAGGGAGAACCACGAGUGCUGGUGUUGUCGCAGAGAACCUCUCGCCCUCCUCUGUUAUUCAUCAGUCAACCAUGGCGACUAUCGAUCCAGCCCUGCAGGACCCUCUCCUCUCACUCCGCCGCGCCAUUGCAGCGAACGUCCUUCCGACGCCAACAACCACUACCGAUGUCGCUCUCGCAGAGCAGGAGAAAACAGAAGACCUCGCGAAAGCCACUCAUCUGUACUUCCAGAACCCAAUCCCGCACACGAUCCCGCUCUCAACACCCACACGGUUCGUGUCCUCUUCGACUGACUCCGCCGUCGACCUCCGCAGCAUUUUCUUUGCGUGGCAGAAAAAGGAUGUCGCGAUUCCUGAGUACAUCGCAUCAGCGCAGGAGCUGAAUGAGGCGCUCUCCAAGUUGCAGGGUGGGCCGGGUGAAGAGAAAGCACCGAGUGUCCAAAAUCUGAUCUUCGUUGAGCGUCUGGACCUCAUUACUUGGCUUGAAGGUGCGAGUGAUGAGUCGGAGCAUAUUAAGCCCUUGGAGGGUGUUGAGAAAGAGGCGGCUGCAGCUGCAACUGCUGCUGGACCUGGUGGUGUCACUGCAGGCGAUGUCGCUGGCCCUGGCGGAAAGGUUCCUGGUGCUGGCGCCGGGGUAUCUGCGCCUGGAGCGGCGCAGCAUGGUAGGACUACAAAGGUGAUUGAUCCUAGAUUACAGGAAAUCUAUAAUGGGGAGAGAAAAAUGGGGGAUCGCAAUACGGUGUUACGAGGGAUCAAACCGACGGAUUUCUCUCACGUCCGAAAAUCAGCGGAGAUUUUCCUCGGCCGGAACCGUUCACGUCCAGGUCAAUAUCCCGCUGGAGUCAAACCAAGCAAGCCAUCUAUGAUCCCUCCGACCCCGUCAGCGGCCGGCAGUCUAUCCAGCCUCUCGCGGAAAUCGAAAUCAUCCCGACACGAAGAACCGAUCAUCCUCCUCUCCCCAUCCGCCUCAUCACUGAUCCGCACCUCGAACGCAAAGUCCUUCCUCCAAGACGGCAUCUUCGUCCCACCCGACCAUCCAACUCUCGCCUCCGACCCCUCGAACAUCCUCAAAAUCGAACGUCCCCUCCGCAUCCUCUCUUCAUCAUCUACCGCGCCAGCAUCCAGAUCAAUGUUCAUGUCCGGGUCAGCCGGCCUCCGACAUGAUAUGCGAUUUGUCCUGGUCGACAGCACCGCAAACUUCAAACCGGAGUACUGGAACCGCGUCGUCGCCGUCUUCACGACCGGCCAAACGUGGCAGUUCAAAUCGUACAAAUGGACAGCACCACCGGAACUCUUCAAGCAUGCCACUGGCAUCUAUGUCGGUUGGCGCGGUGAUGAUGUCCCUCGUGAAGUGAAAGGAUGGGGUCGCGGUGUGACUAGUUUCGCCGUGGAGCGAUGGGAUGAUAAAGGUGGUGUCAAUGGUGCGGGAAGAUGGAGGGAUCGAGAGGUGGUCGAGGGUAUCUGGACGGCUAUUGAGGAGGGAAUGAAAUUGAGGGGAUGGGGGAGUAAAUGAGGUGAUUUAUGUCCAUCUAAUUUCAGGGGAUAGAAUUUCUACCUACAUUUUUUCUUUACUUCGGGUCUUGUUUUGAUUGAUACCUCUUUUAACUGGCAUACAUGGAAAAUUAGAUAAAGAGAAGGAGCUGAAACUAAUCAAAUAUUUGAGAAUUGACUGGCAUUUAUUUUAAUUGACUUCGAUGAAGUCCAACAGACCAGACAUGGUUAGGAUUAGGAUUAUCUGAUACAAACAAGUCCAAGGUAUAUAUACAAUAAUAUCCACUCCAUAGGCCCCUUUCUCAUGUAGAUUCUAG